AUGUCGCUGCCCAAAGAGGAUGAUUACCAUACGAUGGAACUUUCGAGGCGAAGCAUCCAGAUCUCUGACCUGCAAGAGGAGCUGGAUGGCGGAAGGGAGCGACAGAGACAAGCGGAGGAUCGGUCUGCAACCUUGGAGAGACAGAUAGAAAAGCUGAAGGUGGAGAUCUCCAUCCGCAAAAGCAAGACCCAGGAGAUGGACGACCAGGUGGCCGCUGAUGAGGCUGCCUGCCUGAAAAACCAGGGUCUGCUGCAGGCAGCGUCCGAGGCAGCACAGGCAGACUUGCUACGACUCCAAGCAGAGCUGGCCGAGGCUGAGGCAGCUGUGGAACAAAGCGAAGCGCAGGCUGAGGCAAGGAAGGCAGCAGAUGCAGCGGAGGAGGAGGAGAGACGACGCGAGGCUGAAGAAGCAAAGCAGGCAUCACAGCUGGCUGCAGCCCAGGAAGCAGCGCAAGCUUCACAAGCUGACGUUGACAAAGUUCAGGCCGAACUCCGCGACCUGGAGGUGACUUUGGACAUGGAGAAGAAGAGCACCAAGGAGCUGAAGGAGUCUUUGGUGGAAGCAGAGGAGAGGAGAGAUGCUGCCCGAGUUGAAUGUGACCGCUUGGCUAGAGUCUUGGAGGCGCUAGGCUCCAAAGGUGAGCUUCAGCUCCUGCGAGAGGCUCUCACAAGCAAGAUCGAGGCGCAGCAGCGACACACACAGGACUUGCGAAGCCUAAGAGCCAAGGCAGGGUUUGAGAGAGCGAACAAAGAAGCAGCUCUGAACGAAAGCCGCAGGAUCCUGUCACAGACGCCGUGCCAGCUCGACGAUACUUCAUCGCGGCUUGGUACGUCUUCACUCGCAGAGGCCAGGCGCCAGGCAGAGACCUCGCGUACGAAGAGGCUCGAAAUGGAGGCUGAAGCCAAGCAACUGGACAAGGAGGUGUCGGAUCUUCAAGGAUCUUUCAAACUGGACCUGGAGCAAGAGCACUACGAAUCCUUGAAGAAGGGGUCCAAUCACGCUAUCCGGGAACUAACUUCGUUUCACCACGGUAUGAAGUCCUUACAUCCUGAUUCCUUUGAGUUCAGGCCUUCCUCCGGCGUUGCCCUUUCUCAUCGCAGCUAUGCAGUCAUGCGCAGGACCUACGCUUCAGAAAUUUCAGCCGAAGCCGGCCAAGCCGGUGCUGCUGCUGCAACGGAGUAUGGAGCGGGCGGCAGUGGCCAUGCGAAAGCCGAGAUGCAGCAAAAGGACCGGCAGAAGAUCGGCACCGGAGCAAUACGAGCAAACUGUUCAGGUGUUGCCCCGUGCUUGCCAUACGACCUCACAGACGAGCCCAUACGCCCCAGGUUGUCUUCACAUGUCGGCCUUGCUGUCAAAAGCAAGGCUACAGCGCAAAAAGCUGCGGAUCAGGCCUCCCAGCCCGUGGGAGAUCCGCUGACGGGGGAAGACGAAGACCUGCAAACAGCUUACAGCGACGAGGACGCGCGACAAUGGAGCAAGAUGCUCCCCUGUGAGCUGCAUCUUGCAGGCACUACAAUUCAGGCGCUGCUGGACCACUACGCUGAAGACUCUGAUUCCGAAGUUUCUGGGCUGCUAGGACAUUCGCUUGGCUCCCACUCGCUUUCCGCAUUGCUGCUGCAAUUCAGAGGCGAGCUUUCCAAGGCGUGCAAGGUGAAGGAAGACCACAUCCUGAUGAAUUCCAUCUAUGGCCGGUUCUUACGACCUGGUUCUUCAGUUUCAGCGAUGCUGAAAUCUCGGAGCAGCAUUGGUCCGCUCGAGUCCACGGGCACAAGCUUGGUCAGCAGCUCCGUGCCAUACAAGGAGCGGUUAGGAGAGGAGGUGGUCGUUCGCUUCUUCGUGGUGCCGGAGAAAGAUGGCGAUGACUUUACAAAAGUGGUCAACUCGCUGCGAGACUCGCUGGCAAGCAACAAGAGCAGCCUGUUAAGUGGGAAGCUCUCUGAUGUGGUGAGGCAUUCAUCCCUGACCAUCGGCUACCAGGCUGGGCGGAGAAAUUCAAGAAUAGGAACAAGGACACAUGGAGAGAUCUGGACACAUGGAAGAGUUCUGGAGUUUACAUCUAACAUUGGAAUGCCGGCACACGGGGGAAACGUGGCUGCCUGCCUUGUUAACCGCUGA